AUGGCACCACCCGUGUCAGAGAAGCUGGAGGAGAAGCUGGUGUGCUCCAUCUGCCUGGAGCUCUUUAGGGUGCCCGUGACCUUGCCCUGCGGGCACAACUUCUGCAAGCACUGCAUCGGCGGCCACUGGCACAAGCAAGAGCAGGCCCCUGCUGGGGCCGAGAAGGGCUACACCUGCCCCGAUUGCCGCAGGGGCUUCCAGCAGCGCCCGGCGCUGGAGAAGAACGUCACUCUCUGCGGCGUGGUGGAGCUGGCGCGGGAUGGCAAGGCGCGAGUCUCGGGCACGGAGAGGUGCGAGGUGGCCAGCAGCGAGCUGUGCCCGCAGCACGGGCGCCCGCUGGAGCUGUACUGCGAGGACGAGCGGCGCUGCAUCUGCUGCGUCUGCACCGUCCGGCGGUGCCAGCAGCACCGGCGGGUGCUCUUCGAGGAGGAGCGCUCUAAAAAGCAGGCCCUUUUAGAAGAGUCCCUGGAAAAAGCCCUUGAGGAAUUGGAGAGGAUCAAGCGGGCGAUGCAGGAGCUGGAGGAGCGCACGCACAGCAUCAAGGACUCCUCCGAGGGGCUCAAAUCGGUGAUUCUGAGCAAAUUUGCUCUCCUGAGGAAAGCCCUGGAAGAUAGCCAGUGGUGGACGGUGGCUAGGAUCGAGCAAGAGCAGGCGGUGGCGCUGGGACGUGUGGAGGAGGACUGGAGUCUCCUGAAGGACCGCCUGGACGUCCUCAGCCAGCACCAGGAGAGGGCUCAGCACCUGCUGGCCUGUCCUGACCACAGGACCUUCCUCCAGGAGUUUCCCCUGCUCCCACCCCCGGAGAGCCUGGAGGCUCUGCUCCCAAUGGAGUUCGAUGCAGCCAGUGUGUUCAAGCCCAUCACCGAGAUCCUCGCCGUCAUCUCCAGGCUUUUGCUGGAGGACCUGCCCGGCUCUGUGGCCCCCAAAGCCCCUGACCCCAUGGGCCAAGGCACAGUGCAGCCCGAGGAGCCAGCGGUGAAGGUGGUGGCUCCUGUCCCUGAGUGUAAGCUCCGAGCUGAGCUUCUGAAGGACCAUCGCAACCUGACUUUUGAUCCCGAAACGGCCAACAAGUACCUGGAGCUGUCAAAAGGAAACCGGAAAGCCAAGCACGGCCGCGGAACGGUCUGUAGACGGCAGGAGCAGGGACCACACUUCGUGCCCUGGCAGGUUCUGUGCACGCAGAGCUACAGCCAAGGCCACCACUACUGGGAAGUGAGGAUCUCCAGCCACUCCGUCAUCCUGGGGGUGACCUACCGCAGCCUCCCCCGGGAGCGGCAGCAGGGCCACAAGUUCAACAUCGGGCUGGACGGGGGCUCGUGGGGGCUGCAGGUGCGGGAGGAUUGCUACCUGGCCUGGCACAAGGGCCGGGCAGAGAAAAUCCAGGAGCUGCUCUAUAAGAACCUGGGGGUCAGUCUGGAUUAUGGCAAGGGGCUCCUCUCUUUCUACGGCCUUGGGGAGAGGACACAGCUCAUCCACUCCUUCCACAGCAUCUUCACCGAACCCCUUUAUCCCGUCUUUUGGCUGUGCGAGGGGCGAGCGGUGACGCUGUGCUUAAGGGAAGGAGCCGGAGCUGGUGCUGCAGCUGAGCUGCCCCCGGGGCUGUCACAGGCUGAGUGGGACCCCGAUGCUGGGGCAGGAGUGGAGUGUGGUGUUUUAACAAGAAAUGAUGAGGACAGGCAUGCAAAUUAA